AAUGGGAUACAAAAUUAACUUUAUCAUUACAAUUCUAGCCAGUACUGAUUCUAGUAUGUGGUACCUUUAAUAAAGCAUAUAGAAAUAAUUAAGUAAAACGGUUGGCUGGAUAUAAAUUAUUUAUGUAAAUAAGAGAAAGGACGCAGACAAUGGUCGUCCUUUUGCCACAAGCAGCUCUUACUUCAGUGCAAUAAUGGCCACUGUUUGACAAGAUUGAAUCGCUCAAACCAGAAGACAAAAGACUGGAAUCGCUUUCUUCGAUACCAUGGAUAAAAGCGUCAACAUUUUUGGGAGAAUAUAACAGCCAAAUACACCAACUACUCGCACAAGCGAAAUUAUAACGAAAUAUUUUGUAAGUUUUAACAGAAAACGUUUCUAAUUACAAACAGAAGACAUGCAAAUCCCGAUCAAUAUUUUUCUGUUGGCAUUCUCUAUUUUCGUUUCAACGGCCGUUUUAGCACAAAACGAAUUUGAAAAUGGCGACACUGACGAUCAACAAAAAUCUAUCGAAACAUUGGGGAGCUUUUUCAAACUGAUGUCAAGUGGUGACGAACAAUCAUGUAAAGCAACCUGCCCGGACGGUUCGGAGCCAGUGCCAAGACCGGGACACAUUCCUAGCAGCAACGGUUGUGGAUCCAUGGGUAUAAAGUUGGAUACGAGCAUUUUCCCCAGUUUUGAAAAUUGUUGCAAUGCACAUGACAAGUGCUAUGAUGUUUGCAAAGCUGACCGCGACAAAUGUGAUAAAGGGUUCAAAGAUUGCCUGGAUAAGGUGUGCAAUGAGUUAAAGAGAGUUCACCCCCCUGAUUUGGUGGACAUUUGCAAGAAUACGGGAGGGUUGAUGCAUGCUGCAGCUAUCGGGUUGGGGUGUACUCCAUUCACCAUGGCCCAAAAAAAGGCAUGCACGUGCAGCAAGGCAGACAAAAAUGCAAAGCAGAGAUAUGACUCCAAUAAGAAAAAAGAAAAAUUAGAACUUUAAGAAAAAACUCAGAGAGCUAAUAAAUAAAUGAAAAGUUUUGUAGUCUAUUGUCACUAAAUUGUAAGUAUAACACCCACCGCUGA